UGUGGUGACGUCACUACGUCAGUUUUCCGGGGUUAAGAUGGCGGAAGAAGACGCGGAAGGGUCCCUGUCGCAGGAAUUGGAGGUUCUGGAGUCCAUUUAUCUUGAUGAACUUGAGAUUUGCCGCGGGGAGAGGUCAGAGCUGAGUAUUACGCUUCAUCCUGCAACUGGAGAUGAUGCCGACAGCCAGUAUGUCAAGUUCACGCUGCGACUCUCGCUCCCUCCUAGGUACCCCGUCGAGCCUCCUGAGGUGAGUGUGAGCCGGCCCCGAGGUCUGCGUGAUGAGCACAUUCAGAGUAUAAUCCGUGCCCUGAACACGCUUGCGACUGAAAACGUGGGACACCCCAUUCUCUAUGAACUGAUUGAGAAGGGGAAGGAGAUGCUGACGGCCAGUAAUAUCCCUCAUGGUCAGUGCGCGGUCUGUCUUUAUGACUUUCAGGACGGAGAUUGUCUAACAAAGACACAAUGUUUCCAUCAUUUUCAUUCUCACUGUCUCGGCCGGUAUGCAGAUCACUGCCAGAAACACGGUGAAGACCAGGAGCCUUUGGUCUUUUGCCCUGUUUGCCGCGAGAAUUUGACUGGUGAUCUCAGCAAGUUGCUAGCUGCACCCCCACCACAGCAUCCAGAGGUUGUGUACGUUGCAGACGCUCACACGUUGCAGAAGGCAAAGGAGUUGCACCGCAUUUAUAUGAAGCAAGUGGCUAAAGGGGGAAUCAUUGACCUGGAAGCCGAGAAGAACCGUUUCUUUAUCAGCAUACAGGAGCCACCAGCAGGUGACGGCGACCAUGCUUUGCCAUGCACAGAAGAGGUGCCGGUUCCACCGUCAGAAGAACAUCUCCCCGGGUCCGUUCUCAGCAAGCAGCCGUGUCCCCGCGAGCUCUGUGGCCAGCAUUCUGCGAUGAGCAGGAGACACGUCCACCGCGACAAAGUGAGCAGAGAGCGGAUGUGGCAAAGCCGGGCCAAAUCAGAGACAAGCCAAGCGCAAUAUGCUUCCCACAGGGUAGCAACUAGAGACCCGGCCAUGCCAGCCAAUGGGAGGUCUCAGAACCGCGGUCCUCGGACUUUCCGCCCCCGGCACCCGUGCAGUGGGGUAAAUAACAUUUGAUGCAUCCUGUAACUACAGCCUGAAUAUAGCAAAUAAAACUGCGGAACUGCA